AUUAGGAAAACAUUCAUCGUCUUCUUCUUCUAGAGGCAUAAACCCUUGGCUUGGAGCCGUUUCUCUCAUUCUUCGAUUUGAUUCAAUUUCAUUUUCAUAAAGAAGGAUUUCUCUUUCUGUAUCGCGAUGAAUCGGAACAGCCUAUACGAAGCUGAUGACGAUGAUGACGAUGACGAAGAAGAUGACAUCGGUGAAGACCUCGAAGAUUUAAGACGCGCAUGUAUGGUCUCUGACGUUAAUUCCGAUCAAUUCGCGUCAAAAACCGGUUCAAUUGAACCGGAAGGAGUCGGUGGCGGAGAGAUACCGUCGGAUUCAGAAAACGAAGAUGACUUUGAGAUGCUUCGUACAAUUAAGAGCCAAUUAGCAUCUUCCAAGGAUGCGGGUAGAAGCAGUGGUCCUCCCAUGGGUUUGUCCUUGCUCUCGGAUUCGGAGAGUGAAGAUGAUUUCGAGAUGAUUCGGAGUAUUAAGAGCCAAUUGUCAUUGUCCAUGGAUGUGUCCCUUCCUCCAAUUGGUUUAUCUGACGAUGAAGAAGAUGAUGCCUUUGAAACACUUCGUGCUAUUCGUAGGCGAUUCUCUGCUUAUAAGAAUUUCGACUCUGCCUCAACUGAUAGUUUUUUGCUGAUGAUUCGGAAGGAAAAUUCAUGAAUGAUUCUCACGGGAAGAAAAAGCAGGUACAUAACUCGGACAAUGAACCUUCAAGCGAAAUAUUGAGUAGAUCUAAUACUUGUGAAAGCUUUCCAGAUCACGGGAAAUCAGUUGUCACUGUGCCAGACUCAGAGGAUGUACAAGAUGGUCAUAUGCCAGCUGCGAGUUCAAGUUUCCCUGAAGCUGCACGAGCGUUUGUUGAUGCAAUCAGGAGAAACAGAGCAUAUCAGAAAUUUCUUAGAGGAAAAUUGGCAGAAAUUGAAGCAACGAUCGAGCAGAACGAGAAACACAAGAAAAAUGUUAGAAUAGUCAAAGAUUUUCAAGCUUCUUGCAAGAGAAUUACUAAACUGGCACUCUGUCAGAGGAAAGAUCCUCGUGUCGAAUUAAUCUCAACACGGAAAUCUGGGCCUUGUGAUAGCUCCGAGGUAAUUGGGCCUUGUGAUAGCUUCGAGGGUAAUGAUAAAAAGAUAUCUCCUUUGACGUUGGGUCCAGCGGAAAACCCUUGUGUUGAAAAUUAUAGGAUGGCACUAGAGAAAUAUCCAAUUUCAGUGAAACGCAGAAAAUGGUCUACUGAGGAGAACAAAAACCUCGCAAAAGGUUUAAAACAAGAAGUUCAAAAGAUACUGCUUUCUGAAGCAAUUGAACGGUCCAGUGACUUGGAAGGAGCUACAUAUGAUAUAGACACUAUCAAUGAAUCGAUCGGAAAUCUUGAGAUCACACCAGAAAUGAUUAGGCAGUUUCUUCCGAAAAUUAACUGGGAUUCGUUGGAUAUCAAGGACCGUUCUGCUGCAGAAUGUGAAGCUCGGUGGAUGAGCUCGGAAGAUCCAUUGAUUAACCACGGUCCGUGGACUGCAGCAGAGGACAAAAACCUACUCCGAACUAUCGAACAAACGAGUCUUACAGACUGGGUUGAUAUCGCGGUGUCACUAGGGACAAAUAGGACCCCAUUUCAAUGUUUGGCUCGAUAUCAGAGAAGCUUGAAUCCAAGCAUAUUGAAAAAAGAAUGGACUGCAGAGGAAGAUGACCAACUUCGUACUGCAGUAGAGUUAUUUGGGGAGAAAGACUGGCAAUCUGUUGCAAAUGUAUUAAAAGGAAGAACUGGAACUCAGUGCUCGAAUAGAUGGAAAAAGUCGCUUCGCCCUACCAGAAAAGGGACAUGGAGCUUAGAGGAAGACAAACGUGUAAAGGUAGCUGUGACACUCUUUGGAUCUCAAAACUGGCAUAAAAUUUCUCAGUUUGUUCCUGGACGGACUCAGACUCAGUGUCGGGAGAGAUGGUUAAAUUGUUUAGAUCCCAAAGUAAAUCGUGGGAAGUGGACUGAGGAAGAGGAUGAAAAGUUGAGAGAAGCAAUUGCAGAGCAUGGAUAUAGCUGGUCUAAGGUGGCUACUAAUCUGUCAUGUCGUACUGACAAUCAGUGCUUGAGGAGAUGGAAGAGAUUAUAUCCUCAUCAAGUGGCUCUUUUACAAGAAGCUAGAAGGUUACAAAAAGAAGCUAGUGUAGGUAAUUUUGUUGAUCGGGAAUCAGAGCGUCCUGCUCUUGUCACAAGCCCUAUUUUGGCACUACCGGAUAUAUCUCUAGAGCCAGAACCCGAUAGUGUAGCCCUGAAGAAGAAACGCAAAGCCAAGCAGAAGAAGUCAGAUGCAGAGAGACAACCAAAGAGACGGAGAAAAGGAUUAAAGAACUGCUCAGGAGAUGUAUGUAGACAAGAGAAUGAGACUGUUUGUGAAAAUGAACCGAACAAUGGAGGAGAGGAAAGGAUGUUGGCAUUGGAAUGUCAUGACGAGAUCCAAGACAAUGCAAAGGAGAAGCCAAAACAAAGACGCAAAAGUGUUGCAGAAACUGUUUGUGAAAAUGAACCAAACAAUGGAGGAGAGGAGAGGAUGUUGGCAUUGGAAUGUGAUAACGAGAUCCAAGACAAUGCAAAGGAGAAACGAAAACGAAGACGCAAAAGUGUUGCAGAAACAUCUAACAACACCACUGGUUUAAAAAAACUUACGCCUAGGAGAAGGAAAAUAUCUGCAGUUGUUCCUAUUAAGAACCAAGAUGCACCAAAUUAGUUGUUUUUUUGGCUCUUGAAAAUUUUGAAAUUUAUUGUAUGUAUAAAUAUGUGUAAUCCAAACAUCUUUAGAAUAGUCACUGAUUCUAACAACAACGACAACAAAAAUCUUGAACUCAACAAUAAAUAAGUUGAACUAGGCAUUGGUAGAAAGAGUAGUUGAAUGCAUU